AUGGCUGCGAACGCUCGAUAUGAGCCCGCUCCUCAGCGGGACUCCUUUGAGGAUGAGCCGUACACUCAAGCUCCGCCUUCUUACCAGGCUACAGCCACUAACCCGGAGCCGCGUACCGAAGAUGACAAUCUGCCUGACGACUUCAAGUUUGGAGGUAUGGUCGCGGAGGGAACUAUUGACAUUCGAAUGCAGUUCGUUCGCAAGGUGUAUGCGAUUCUCACCGCCCAAAUUCUCCUCACUACUGUUCUCAGCUCCAUCUCGUUCUUCAACGACACAUACCGCCACUGGAUCCAGGGCAACUUCUGGCUCAUGAUCAUCUCUGUCUUUGGUGCCCUCGGCUUCAUGCUCGCAACCUACUGGAAGCGCAAGUCUUACCCAACAAACCUGCUGUUCCUCUCCGGCUUCACCCUCAUGGAGGCGUACUCGAUCAGUGUGGUGACCUCUUUCUACGAAUCGCGAGUUGUUGUGCAGGCACUGGUCCUGACAUUGGGUAUCUUCGUCGCGCUCACGCUCUUCGCAUGCCAGACCAAGUAUGACUUUACCAGCUGGAUGCCCUACCUCUUUGGCGCGCUGUGGUUCAUGAUCCUUUUCGGACUCGUGGCCAUGUUCAUGCCGUUUGGUAGCACCGCGGAGCUCAUCUACGGUGUGCUGGGCGCCCUGAUCUUUUCUGGUUACAUCCUCGUGGAUACUCAGCUUGUUAUGCGUCACUACCACGUUGAGGAGGAGAUUGCUGCCGCUAUCGCGCUGUAUCUGGACAUUCUGAAUCUGUUCCUGUCGAUUCUGCGCAUCCUGAACAGCCAGAACAACAACUAA